CACUUUGAACCGAAAACGACGACGUCUGGUCCCUGCAACGCAAUGCUGCUGGGAGCUCGAAAAAUCAGCCGACAUUGGUGUACUCGUCGUCCAAAUCUCAGCCUCUCCCAUACUCCAAGCACCAAGCUCAACUCCCACAUCUCAGCCUCGUUGCAUUCUCUCUGUCAGGUUGAGGAAUUGGACGACUUCUUGCCGUGGUUGGAGCGCAAGGCCGGCGCCGAGAUAUCGUCCGUGCUUUCCAUUGGGAAAUCAGCCUACGGAAGGUCUCUGUUUGCUUCGAAGACUAUAAGAGCCGGAGACUGCAUAUUGAAGGUUCCGUUCAACGCGCAGCUAGCUCCGGAUAAUCUCAAUCCUGAACUGAAAGCUUUGCUAAGUGAUGAUGUUGGCGAUGUUGCCAAGCUCGCCAUUGUCGUUUUGCUUGAGCAGAAAAUGGGCCAUGAUUCUGAAUGGGCCCCUUACAUAAGCCGUCUUCCUCGCCUGGAGGAGAUGCAUAACACAAUAUUUUGGAGCGAAGGUGAGCUGGAGAUGAUUCGUCAAAGCUCUGUGUAUCAGGAAACAAUUAAUCAAAGAUCUCAAAUACAACAGGAUUUUUUGGCAAUUAGGACGGCUCUCAAGAACUUUCCCGAAACGUUCGAAAGUAUCACCUAUGAGGAUUUCAUGCAUGCAUACGCUUUAGUUACUUCUCGAGCAUGGGGAAGCACAAAAGGCUAUUCCCUGAUCCCAUUUGCUGAUUUUUCGAAUCAUGACGGGACUUCAGAAUCAAUUGUGUUGAGUGAUGAAGACAAACUUUUUUCAGAGGUUCUUGCUGAUCGUAAUUAUACUCCUGGUGAACAGGUACUAAUAAGAUAUGGAAAAUUUUCAAAUGCUACCCUGCUGUUGGACUUUGGGUUUACUCUUCCAUACAACAUUCAUGGCCAGGGGUGCCUGUGGCUCUAUUUUCAGAUCCAGAUCCAGGGCAGCAUACCUCAUCAUGAUAACCUUCGGGAAAUGAAGUUGGAUCUUUUGAAGAGACACCACAGACCAGUCAGUAAAGAUGACAAUGGUUUCAGCUCUUCAAUGGAUUCUUUCACCAUCAAGGAAAUCAGGUCUGGUAGUGGAAAAGGGAAAGGAAUUCCACAAUCACUUCGUGCAUUUGCUCGUGUUCUAUGUUGCACCUCUCCUCAAGAACUUAGUGACCUGGUCGAGGAAGCUGCACAACAUGAUGGACGAUUGGCUCGGCGUCCUUUAACGAACAUCAGCAGAGAGAUUAAAGCACAUCAGAUGUUGAUAUCAACAUUAACCCAAUUAGCUGAGGAUUAUGAUGCAUCUGUUAAGUCUUUGGGGCCGAUAAGUUCUCCCGCUACACGUGAAAGACUUUCUCACCGGAGGCAAAUGGCUCGGGAUCUCCUUAGUGGCGAGCUUCGUAUCCUCGAAUCUGCUUCUGCGUGGCUAAAGAACUACUGCGCAACCUUGAUGGCAACUGACUGCCAUAGAGAUGGUGUAUGUUCCACAAAACAACCAAGGCGCAGGACUGAGAGGGGAGAGAUGUAAUAUAAUAGGACUGUAUCAGUGAGAUCAAACACUGGUACAAGUUGUAGAAACACUGGUACAAGUUGUAGAUUCAUAUCAAACUGUUUGCCCCGGGUAUAUUUGGAUUUCCUUGUGAAUGUUUUGUUGUCAAGCGUAUGAUGCUAUAUUUGUAAUUUGAUAUCCUCUACUUUUUCUGAUCA